UACAAACUAAGGGAUACCCCUUAGUUUGUAAUAAUUACUUUGCUGCCUUUUUUAUUUUAUUUGUGUGUGUGUGUGUGUGUGUGUGUGUGUGUGUGUGUGUGUGUGUGUGUGUGUGUGGACAGGAGGGCGUUUUUGAUAUUUGUUUCCAUCCAUAAAGUUCUUGCGCUCCCCACAAGUUGACAGACACGGCCACAGUGGAUGUCUUCCAUAUGUAUUCGUAUAGCUUUAUCAAUUUUGUUUCAAUAAAUCACAAUGCACAUUGUGCCUUUUUUUGUAUAGUAGCCAUUUAUUUCAUCAACACUGUACCUGCAAUACACAAAUGGAAUGUGAUUAAAACAUUCGAUAACCACUGACAGAACUAACUGAUAAACAUAUAUAAUCAAUUGUUUUUUAUUUUAUUUUUUUUUAAUUAAGAGACGUUGUAGACACUGCGUAUAAUGUUUUCUCUUCAAAAUACGAAAUAUUUAUUUGUCAAGUGCACAGUCCAAACACAACAGUAACACUAAGCAAUCAAAUUCUUACUUUGCGAAAGUCCAAGUCCAUACUGACAUGCAAAAUAUUGUCAAUACCCAACCAGUUUGAUUCAUCAAUGAUAAAGCAAUUGUUUGGAAUCAUCCGACUUCGAAUAAAAUACAAUCCCUGAAACAGAUUUACAUUUUGGCUUGAAAGUAUAAUCAAAUAUCAGAACAUCUCAGUUUCUCUGUGGAAACUUUUCUUCUGUCAUUAUCCAAUGCUCGAGAGGAGCCCCACACACCAUAAUUGUGUAAGUAAGUAAAUUAAAUAUUAUCCCGUGACAGCCUUGUCAAUAAUAACAGAAGUUCGUUCUCGAGUCAAUUAUUACAUUAUUAUUAUUAUUAUUGGUUCAAAGCACAUAUAGGUUAACACCAGCUCAAGCCAUCAAUAUUGUUCUUGUAAUGUAUAAUUGCAGCAACUGGCAACUCAUUUAUUCUUAAAAUAGGUUACUUGCCAAAUCGUGGCCAUACAUCUGCAAAACGAGAGCGUUCUCAAUGUGUCACGGCGAUCUCCAUAACUGUCCAUUAACUCGGGCUGCAAGACUUUCCUGUUUUAUUUGUGCCUCGCUCCACAUUUGCCAGUCGUACUUUCACGAUGAAGUUCGAUGACGUGUUACCAGAAGUGAACGGCUUCGGGCCGUUCCAGUUUAGGCUGAUCCUCGCGUUGAUGAUUCCUCGACUGAUUUUGCCCUUUCAAUUUCUGCUGAAUAAUUUCAUCGCAUUUAUUCCUUCUCACCACUGCAACGUCAGUGCUUUAGAUGAUGGGGGAAUUUUUCGGGGUCUCUCCAGUGAGGAAAGGCUCAUUGUUAGUAUUCCAGUCCAGGACGACGGGAGUCUGAGUUCUUGUCAGAUGUUUGCAGAGCCUCAAUAUCAUCUGUUGCUGAACUCCUCCAAUACUACAGCGCUACCUACAGUUCUUUGUCAGGAUGGAUGGGUGUUUGAUGCAUCCACCAUGAAGUCUACUCUGGCCACUGAGUGGGAUCUGGUUUGUGAGCGAAAGAGAGUGAACAAAACCACAGCCACUAUCUUCUUCCUUGGCGUCAUGCUUGGAGCAGCGGUGCUUGGUUAUCUCAGUGACAGAUUUGGUAGGAAAUCAAUGCUAUUGGUGUCCUAUCUGAUCACCACGAUCUUCGGAUUUGGAAGUGCUCUGUCAUCUAAUUACGCCAUGUUUGCAGUCAUGAGGUUCUUUGCCGGUUUUGGAAGUUCUGGAGUCAACGUAAUCAGCGUGGUUCUGUGUAUAGAAUGGGCGGACAUCAAGCGUCGGUCUUCUGUGUUAAUUUUACUAAGCAUGGACUGGAGUUUGGGCAGUUCGCUGCUAGGUGCUCUGGCCUAUUUAGUGAAUGACUGGAGGUACUUGAUAGCCGCCUCAACCAGCCCGCUUUUGCCGGGAAUCAUUUAUUGGUGGUGGCUACCUGAGUCUUCCAGAUGGCUGAUAAGCCAAGGGAAGGUUAACCGUGCUUAUUUUUACCUAAACAAGUGUGCAAAGGUAAACCGGAGAGAGCAGUUCAUGAAUGACCUAAAACCUGAGGGUUUGUCAAAAAUCAUUGUGGUAGAAAAAGAGAAAAGAAAAUAUUCUGUUUUGGAUCUGCUGAGGACUCCCAGGAUGAGGAGACUGACUGUAAUUUGUGGGGCUGUGUGGUUUGGAGUAGCCUCCAGUUAUUACGGAAUCAGCUUGAAUGUCGCUGGAUUCGGCGGGAACAUUUAUGUGACACAGUUGAUCUACGGAUUCUCGGAAAUUCCAGCCAAAGUUUUCUGCUUCUUUUCCUUGAACAAACUCGGACGAAAGUUCAAUCAGAUUGGUGGACUUCUUCUGACUGGACUGUGUUUGUUUUGCAACAUGCUAAUCCCGCCUGAUAUGGCAGCAUGUCGGACAGCAGUGGCGGCAUUGGGCAAGAUGUUUUCUGAAGGAGCUUUUACUGUUUUGUAUUUGUACACAACUGAACUAUAUCCUACAGUAUUGAGGCAAAACGGUUUUGGCUGCUGUUCCUUCCUAUGCCGUCUCGGUGUGGCAGUAUCUCCUCUGGUGGCUCUUCUCGAGGAAGUGUGGGUUGGUUUACCAAGACUCACGUUUUCCAUAAUGGCUUUAGGUGCUGGGUUGUUGACCAUGCUUCUUCCUGAGACAAAUAACGCCCACCUGCCGGAGACAAUUGAAGACGUGGAACGGGCGAAAAGCUCGGAGUCCACAUCAAACAAGGACGCUCCACCAUAGUUUUUGCAAUUGCAAUGAAAAAAAAAGAAACAAACUUCCAACGGAAUGAACAAUUCUCUUUGAUAACUCUGUAGAUCACACAACAUAAUGUUGAGCUGUCUGUUGUUUGUUUCUUUGUAUGAUUCAAUAAAGAUUCCGAAACACAAA